GCACCACUUGUCUUGAUAUUGUUGUUUAAUUUCGGUGGGUUUCUUUUUCCUUUUCUGAAAAUUGUACUGCGUCGUCGAAGUUGCCGAUGACGACCGACGUUCCUGAUUCCGCCGUCUCCGGCGGCGUUACCAAGGAAAUUGUGUUGUUCGGAGUUAGAGUCGUGGUGGACCCGAUGAGGAAGAGCGUCAGUAUGAACAAUCUCUCUCAGUAUCAGCAUCCUCCUGCGGUUUCCAAUGAUGAUAACGGCGGUAAUAGUAAGGGUAAUAUCUCCGCCGCUGAGAGGAAGGAAGAUUCGACUGCUGGUUAUGCUUCUGCGGACGAUGCCGUGCCCAAUUCCGGUGGGAAUCGUGAACGCAAGCGAGGAGUACCAUGGACGGAGGAAGAGCACAAACUUUUCUUGCUGGGAUUGCAGAAAGUGGGGAAAGGGGAUUGGAGAGGAAUUUCAAGAAAUUUCGUUAAAACUCGAACCCCCACGCAGGUGGCUAGCCACGCGCAAAAAUACUUUCUACGCCGAAGCAACCUAAAUCGUCGCCGCCGUAGAUCCAGCCUCUUUGAUAUCACCACGGAUACGGUAAAGGUGGCUGCUGAAGAACACCAAAUUCAACUUCAAGAUAAUUCCUCCAAAUUGCAAUCCUUGUUGCCACCUCCACCACCUGAAACUUGCAACAUAAAUGGAUAUCAUCAUCCGAUGCCAACUUUUCCUCUAUCUGUUUGCCCUGCAGUUUUACCUGUGCCAAAUCCAAUCGAAAAUCCCACACUUGGGCAAGAAAACCUUGACCUUGCUGCUGAAAUUUUGCCACUCAAUCCAACCACACCCAAGAUUAACUCGAAUUUGAAGUCGGCAUUAAAAUCUGGAGCUCUUUCUCUUAACCUUUCUUUGCCUUCAAACUCUGCCAAUUCUUCAUCAAAACACCCUGAUUUCCCAGGAAUCUCAAGAAUGAGCAGCGGGGAUAACAUUAUCAGUGUUUCUUAAAAUCACUUUGAAUGGUAUGGUAUAAUGAUCUGGAGACAAAGUGAUUAGGCGACUAACUAAAGUUGUUUGUUGUAGUUGUAUAUCCCUUUCCCCAACCCCCCAAAAAAGGAGCAAGAGAAGAGAUAGAACUGCUGUGGCUUGUUGUUUUCUUUGUUUGGAUUGUUGUUCAUUUGGUGUUUGUCUGUAUAACUGAACCUAACAAGCUGUCUCUGCUCACUACUGCUUAAUGAUAACGUCUUGACUUUUUCAGUA